AACCUUCACAGCUGCGGUCCACCGGCAUGGCGACUAAAUAUUUUAAUUUUAAUAUUUUACCUGUUAAUAGAGGAACUAGAGAUACUUCACCUACUUCGCAUGAUGUAUCUCAGGCUGAGAGAGGACCCUGGCCAGCCCAGGCCCCCGUAGCCUACUGCAGGAUAAAUUAGAGUGUUCCUAUGCUGGACAGGUUUUUUAACCAGCAGGACACGUGGACGGAUUUCCAGGCCCUGAGAGUGCUACUUGGCCUCCUAAACCAGGAACGGAGACACAGAUGGGGUGCCAUGAUUGAGACUCUGGUGUUUCUCUUCUGGCUGGCAAAUGGGGCAUCAUACAGGGUGGUCUCCAGGGUAUUUGCAAUGCCUCGUUCCACUGUCCACCGCAUCGUCCACAGAGUCACUGAGGAGGUGGGGGACUUUCGCCACAAAGUCAUCCACCUACUGAAGACCCACGAUGAGUUACAACCGAUAUCGCGUGGGUUUGCAGGGCUGGCAAGACACAGAGCUGUCGGCUGCCAUGUCCACAUCAAGCCACCAAGCGGACCUGAUGGUCACUGCUACAGGAACAGGAAACUGUUUCCAUUCAUCAUCCUGCAGGCUGUCUGUGACCAUCAGGGCCGCUUCAUUGACACCUACGUGGGCUCGCCUGGGUCGGUCCACGACUCCAGAGUGCUCCGCUACAGCCCACUGCAGCCCACUGUACAGGAGUUCACUCUACCCUCCUCCAGGGCAUUUCAUCCUUGCAGACGGAGGGUACCCGUGCCUCCAACACCCACGUUAUAUUAUAACCUCUUCGAUUUUAAGUGAAGAUGUUAAAGGCUUUAUUUUUGAGGUUGUAACUUGCCCAGCUGAGUUGCAUUUAACGUUAGCAUAUCAAGACCCUCAGGUAAUGUUAGCUGGCCAGAUAAUCACUCACUCACGGUUAACUUAUUCCACAAUCCUAUUCUUUAAACGACAUAUUGCUCUUUACGCUGUUUACGCUGGGGCAAUCAACCGGCGCAAUGAAUCUUGGGCUACCUGGGGCUGCGAAGGAUCCAGCCAUUGGAUCCUCCAAACGGAGGAAAAUAAGGCUGCAUUAAGGAUGAUUUGAGAAAUGUACCAAAACGAGUGAGAAAAACUGUAAAUGUAUUAAAACUGAAGUAGUAGUUGAUAUAACCCAUUUACAUCAUGAAAUGUGUCUUUAGCUUUGUGCACCAAAUUAUUAAACCUAUAGUUUCCUUUUUUGGCCAAAGAGACUUUUAAUCAUUCAGAUGUUUCACAAUGUAUCUGGCAGCUUUGAAAUGAAUAUCUUUCAUGACAUUUUGUUACGUGAAACAAAAAGUUUAGGUUCCUCCAGAAGUGUGCAACAGAACCACAAACUGGAAAUGUGAAACCAACUGAACCCAUAAUUUUCAUCAAUUCAAACCUUUUAAAAAACAUUUACAUUUUAGGGAAAUAAAACAACUUGAUUACAGUAACAUUAAAGUUUUGGUGAUUGUAUUAAAUGACAGAGGCUGCCAGAAGUUACCUUGUCUACUGGUAUGUCAAAUUCUUCUUCAAAGUCAUGUCUUCUCCCCAUAAUUCUAAUGCACAUAGCACAUUACAUACAUUUAAGCAUUACAUGCUAUUGAUGUUCUGGUUACAAACAUUUACAUUCAGUUGUCUACAUUUCCACAGGCUGCUAGCCAGAUUACAUGAGAAAUGACAUGAGAAACAGUCAUCUCAAAGUUAUAAUGUUAUUUGUGGUAGAAAGCUAAGUGGAAGUGAUUUGAAUUGUAGAUAAAAGUGAAUAUUUCAAGGAUACAUUGACUUGUAGCAGCCAAUUUACACUGUAGAUGUCUUAGGUGCACCCCUGUGCAGAAGGACUGAUUAAAAGCAGAGCAGUUA